AUCAUAUGAACUGAGACGUAGUGCCCCUCCAGCUGGCUCUUGAAUUUCAUAUUGGGGAGGAGUCCAAAAAAGUUGUAAACACGUGACUACUUCUGUCCAGCACAUUACAGUUAGUUAGCAUCUGCUCGAGGGAGAAUCCCUCGAGCAAAUCCAUAUCACAUCCAUCUAGCUCAUGAUCGAUCUUCUUUGUGCACGCGUGCCACGCCUUAUUAUACUGAAAUUCUCAAUAUAUUCUCAUCCUAGGCUGAAUCUUCCGACCAAUUUACGUAUCCUCACUAUGGCUCCGAAGAAAGGAGGGUCUGAGAAAGUCCCAGGAGAGAAUGGUUCCGUGAUGAUUUUAGAUUAUCUGCGGAAGCAAAAUCGCCCGUAUUCAGCCAUUGAGAUCUCGACUAAUCUCCAGAAUAAAGUUACGAAAGCAAACGCUGUGAAGAUCUUAAAGGACAUGCAUGAGAAAGGACAGAUUGAAGGACGCGCCGCUGGCAAGCAGCUCGUGUAUCACGCACUUCAAGAUCCUACGGAUGAUGUCACGCCCGAGGCAUUAGCUAGGAUUUCCGAUGAGAUUGAGCAGUUGGAGAAACAGCUUGCAGAUUACAAAAACAGGGAGAAGGGAUUGAAAUCAGAACUGUCCCGUAUGGGCACCACCGUCUCGUUCGCUGACUUGGAACAGAAUGUAUCCAAGCUCGAAGACGAGACGAGGAGCAUUCACCUCCGUCUCAAAGAGUUAUGUAACGACGACACUGCAGAGGUGUCUAUGGAGGAAAAGGCCCAAACUGAAAAGGAAUGGAAGAUGUGGCAGCGGCAUGCUGCAGUUCGCGAAAGGAUCUGCCGUCACCUGUGGGAGAGGUGCACGGAAGUUAUGAGUGAAGAUACCACCAAAGAGGAGCUAUGGGAAUCUUUGGGACUCGGGGGGUCGAUCUGACGGACACUUGUAUCGGGAAGAAUGCUCUAUCCGGGGGGGUUGGCUGAUAUUUUUUCUGUCUGAACUUUCGAGAAGCAAGCAACUCUUCAUGUGCAACCGGAUGGGGAAUAAUAAACGCUAUUCUCCGUGAUCCACGCGGAGGAUUGACAUGGGGACUAUGUAUGAGCCACGGGGCCAG